AUGCGCAUGCUCUCCGAAGAAGAAGCCAACGAAAUCGAGGUCACCUGGGAGGACCAGCAGUCGAUCAACGCAUUCUCGCGGCUCAACUCGACCUUCUCGGACGUCGCGGAAGACCUGCGUGUGCGCAAAGAAGAGCGGGAAGCUUUGGACGAUCUGUCAAUGGAGCUCGAGUUGGCGGACGAGGAUGAGGCAGUGCUGUACAAGAUUGCCGACACGUUCGUCUCGCUCCCUCACGCGGAGGCCAUGGAGAGAUUGGAGAAGGAACAGCAGCAGGCAGAUGAAGAGAUCGAAGGGCUGCAGGGCAGGCUCGAUGGCUUCGAGGACGAAAUGAAGAGCCUCAAGGUUAAGCUCUACGCCAAGUUCGGCGACAACAUCAACCUCGAACGAGAUUAA